AUGUUUCUUCAAAGAGGAUCGCGCGCCGUCCGGACGCAAUGGCACGUCUCCAAGAGCAUGGCUCGCCUGGCCGCGGCAAGAGCUGCCGGCGUCUACCCCUCCAGACAGUUCCACGGCACACGGCAUCUGCGGGUUGUGAAGCCUGUCUUGCUGGCAGAUAUUGGCGAAGGCAUCGUGGAGUGCGAAAUCAUACAAUGGUUCGUCGAGCCCGGCGCCCGAGUCGAAGAAUUCUCCCCUCUGUGUGAGGUCCAGAGCGACAAGGCGUCUGUGGAGAUCACCAGCCGAUUCUCAGGCGUUGUACAGAAGUUGCACUACGAUGCCGGCGACAUGGCCAAGGUCGGCAAGCCUUUUGUCGACAUUGACAUACAAGGCGGGGCUAAGAAGGAGGACCUGGAUGCGCUGACAGCCCCGACGGAAGCGGCACAGGAGAAGCCCUCACAAAAGACGCCGGAACCUCCUGUACAGCCCAAGUCACAACAGAAAGACAAGACACAGGACCAAAGCAGACAAGAAUCGGGGGUGGCAUCUCAGGAUGCGGCCAGUACUGAGGAUGCCCCACGGCCAAAGGGUAGCCAUGCCUCGCUUGCUACACCGGCGGUGCGGCAUCUGACCAAGAGCCUGAACGUAGACAUUGCCGAGAUUAACGGCACGGGAAGAGACGGGAGGGUUCUUAAAGAGGACGUACAGAACUUUGUCAAACGCCGCGACGCCGGUGACAGGCCCGCUGGGGCAACGACUCCAUCCCCGGCCGCCGCGGCCCCGCCUUCCGGCGCCGCACAACUCGAAACCCGGGUCCCGCUCACGAACACCCAACAGCAAAUGUUCAAGUCCAUGACCCGCUCCCUCGCAAUCCCCCACUUCCUCUACGCCGACGAGAUCGACUUCUCCAGCCUCGUCCAGCUGCGCACCCGCCUCAACCGCGUCCUCGCGACGUCCCCCGAGGUGGGCGGCGGCGAGGCCGGCGUCGCGAAGCUCUCUUACCUCCCCUUCAUCAUCAAGGCCGUCUCCAUGGCGCUCUACCAAUACCCCAUCCUGAACGCGCGCGUCGAUCUCGACCCUUUCUCCUCGCCGUCGUCAAAGCCGUCCCUCGUCAUGCGCAGCCAACACAACAUUGGUGUAGCAAUGGACACUCCCGCCGGCCUCCUAGUGCCCGUGAUCCGCGACGUCGGCUCCCUCAAUAUCCUCUCCAUCGCCUCGGAGCUGACGCGCCUGCAAAAGGCGGCCUUCGCGGGCAAGCUCGCGCCGGCGGACCUCAAGGGCGGGACCAUCACCGUCUCCAACAUUGGCAACAUUGGCGGCACCUACCUCUCGCCCGUCAUCGUCGACAAGGAGGUCGCGAUCCUCGGCAUCGGCCGCAUGCGCGCCGUGCCGGCGUUCGAGGGAGAGGACUCGGACAGGGUGGUGAGAAAGCACGUUACCAACUUCAGCUGGAGCGCUGACCACCGCGUGGUGGACGGCGCGACCAUGGCCCGGGCCGCGGAGGUGGUGCGGCGGGUUGUGGAGGAGCCCGACGUCAUGGUCAUGCAUAUGAGGUGA